AAACGUCCCGAGGUACGUCUCCUUUCGCGAUUGCUUUCCACGUUCGGAAGUUUAAGUCGUUCAAGAAUCUAACGUUUCCCGUUCUCUAUCGCUUUCAGCGUCCCGCGACCUUUCGUAUCGGUGCGAAUCAAUCAUGGAUUUAGAAUUUAAAGAUGUUGAAAACACUCCUGCUGAUCAAAAGAGGCACAAAAUCCGUAUUACAUUGACUUCCAAGAACAUAAAAAGUUUAGAAAGUGUGUGCUCUGAGAUGAUUGCUGAUAUCAAAAAGAGGAAAUUGCCUGUGAAAGGACCUGUACGUAUGCCAACAAAAUUCUUGCGUAUCACUACCAGGAAAACACCUUGUGGUGAAGGUUCAAAGACAUGGGACAGAUUCCAAAUGAGAAUUCACAAGAGAGUGAUUGACUUAAAAUGCCCAAGUGAUAAAGUUAAACAAAUCACGAGUGUCAAUCUUGAACCUGGUGUAAUUGCUGAAGUUAGCAUUGCUAGCGAGUAAUGUUUUUUUUUUAUAAUUGACGAUUGAUAUCUGUGGUACGACAAUUAAGAUCAUGUCUAAUAAAAGUUAUAAAAUUACAUCAUAUUAA